AUGAGGGUGAGGACGACACGGACAUUAGGCCAGAAAUAUUUAAAAAAUUUUAAAUUUAUAGAAUUGAUGAGCCAUUUUUCGCAGCCCCAAACUCAAAUGCUGGAACACGCCGAAUUGAAUGAAGAGAAAUUGAUCUAUGAAAAGCUGAGAGCAUCUAUAAUGGCCUCGAAAAACAGGAACAUUGACUCCAAAAAAAAAUCCAAACGCAAAAGAGACGAUUUUGACUCUGCCCUCAACAAUUUAAUAUCAGCACGACUACAGAAAGAACUUGGAGACAUUGAAGAUCGACUGCGACAUUCCAUUUCUUCAAAACCCACCACAAAACGCUACUUUGAUUUGGACGCGAUCGAUUAUAGCGAAAUCGACGAUCUGGUCCAUUUAUUUUGUAAUCCUUAG